UAGGGUUUCCAACGAGAAGCUGGUGGAUUCAAACUGCCGACAUUUGGGUUAGUGGCCAAGGUCUUAACCACAGCACAACCAGGGCUCCAACAGCACAGAGAGUGUAAUUAAAAAAAAAAUAUAUAUAUAGCACCUUACCCUUUUCUUAUUAAAUAAAUGUUUACGCCCAGCUACAUCAGCUUCUGGUCUUUUUUUUAAAUUAAAUGAAUUAAUAAUGGGCAUACAGAAGAUACCCCCUCUGUAUUUCCCACCAUUCCUCUCUUACCUUUCCCCCAGAUGGCAUUUGUUUCUGGUGCUGCUGCUUUUGGUCUAGGGCGCAUACAUUUGAUUGUCUUGUCACACCAUUUUUUCCAUCAGAUACAUCAACAAUAUGGAAACUAGAAACCAAACAAGUGUUUCCGAAUUCCUUCUCUUGGGACUAACAGAGGAUCUGGAACUGCAGUUCCUCCUCUUUAUCCUGUUUUUGUCCAUAUACCUGGUCACUGUCUUUGGAAACCUGCUUAUCAUUCUGGCUGUUGGGUCUGACUCCCACCUCCACACUCCCAUGUACUUCUUUCUUUCCAAUCUCUCCUUCGCUGACAUCUGUUUCAGCAAAACCACGAUCCCAAAGAUGUUGGUGAACCUCAAAGCACAGAAUCAGAGCUGCCUCACCCAGGUCUGCUUUGUCCUGGUUUUUGCUGCUUUGGAAAAUUUUCUUCUUGCAGCAAUGGCUUAUGACCGCUAUGCGGCCAUUUGUCACCCACUGAGGUACACGGUCAUCAUGAACCCCCGCCUUUGUGGCCUGCUGACUCUACUCUCUCUGUUCAUUAGCACUGAGGAUGCCCUGAUCCACAGCCUGUUGGUGUUGCGCCUGUCUUUCUGUAUAGACCCGGAAAUCCCCUACAUCUUCUGUGAAGUUAUUCAGGUCAUCAAGGUUGCGUGCUCUGAUACCCUCAUCAAUAACAUCUUCAUAUAUUUUGCAGCUAGCAUGUUGGCUGGCAUUCCUCUGUUUGGGAUUAUUUUCUCUUAUACCCAAAUUGUGUCCUCCAUUUUGAAAAUGCCAUCAGCUGGUGGAAAGCAUAAAGCUUUUUCUACCUGUGGAUCUCACCUGUCAGUUGUUUUCUUAUUUUAUGGGACAGCUUUUGGUGCAUAUAUUAGUGCUGCAUUUAUCCACUCAUCCAGAAAGACUGCAGUUGUGUCAAUGAUGUACACUAUGGUCGCUCCCAUGAUGAACCCCUUCGUCUAUAGCCUGAGAAACAAGGACAUGAAGGGAUCCUUGAGGAAACUGGUCAGGAGCAUAUCUGCUUUUCAUUGAUUAUAUUACCUCAUUUGGACUUGGGUUUUUAGAUUUUGUCAAAGUAAAAGAAUGCUCAUGAGGUGGGAUACUUGACUCUUCCAUCUCUGUGUUUGUCUAAAAGGACUAGACAACAUAAUGGCUAAAUGCAAUUCGAUUUGGUGUUUAAACCUGACUUUGCUUCUUGUGUACUGUGUGAUGCUUGAUAAAUAAUUUCAACUCUCUAAACUCAGUUUCUUUAGUCAGGGUCUAUAGAAUCAGAGCCUGAGCCAGGGUUCUUUAUUAACUGAUUUGGGGGGAACAUUCUUAGAAUUUAAAAAGCAGGAAAAGGUGGAUAGGGUAAGUAAAGAAUGUAGGCAAAUCUGUAGGCAUAGCUAGAGACUAGCUUCAGCCUGAUCCCAUGAAUAGAGCCAUGAGAAUGGAAACCCAGUUAAUCCCAAUGACAGUCAAGGGAGCUGAAUUUUUGUGUCAAUAUAGUUCUUACCAAUACACGUCACUGGUAAACUAUAUGUGUUUAAGAUAACAUCGGCAUCCACCAUGCUCCAUUUUAUUGUCUAUUGUUGUUGUUCAUUUUAUAUGCUGCUAAGUUAGCCAUCAACUCAUGACACAACAGGAUCAUACCAUUAUUAUCCAUAGUGUCUUUUUUGGCCGAUUUUUUAUGAGCAGAUUACAAGGCCUUUCUUCCUUGUUUAUCUUAGUUGGAAGCUUUGCUGAAAAAUUUUCAGUUUCACUGCAACACACAAGUCUCCAGUAACAAUGCCUGAGGUGCAUUGGCCAAAAAUCAAGCAUGGAUCUUUCACAUGGAAGGCGAGAAUUCUACCACUGAACCACCGCUGUUCCCCUUCAUAAUCUAUAAAAUUGGCAUAAUUAGAUUAUCUCAGUGGUUUCUAAUGAUUGUGAUAUAAUUAAACCUUAUCAGUGAGGAAGCCAUCAGUUGUAAUUAGAAAAUAUAAACACUGACUUUAAUAUGCUCCCACAAUAAAGAGCAUUAUCUUUCAUUAUAAAGACUUCAGAGUUAAGAAAUGUACUGGAACAUUACAGUAGGGAUUCAUUCAUUCCCCUUGAGAUGGUUUCACCUAGCAAUGGUUCCCCUCAUGGUGACAAAUGGCUGCAACAGUCAGGUAUCAUAUCCACACGUGAUACUCAGAGCCACAAAACUGACCAUUUGUCCCUGAACCUAUUGUUGAUAGUAGAUCUAUUGUUAAUAGACCUUUCCAUACAGAAGAUGUCUCCUCCCAUCUCAUCACUGAGAAUAGCAUCAUAUAUCUCUUCUUAAUCAAAUUUCUGUUUGGGGAACAAAUAAUUACUAUGAGAGCCUUAGCCUGUUGGAAGGAUAACCCCUGUAACUAUUACAAGCAUUUAAUACAAUGCCUGGCAUAUAACAUUCAAUAAAAUUUAACUAAGACACAUGUGUUCCAUAUGUUGCCAUUAUUUAUAAGGCUUGUUAUUUCUUGCUCUCACAUAUUUCUACACCUUACCUCAGAAGUUUUGCA